ACUUGGCAAGUGCGCAGAACAGAAAAUCCUUUUUGAAUGUCGUCGUGAUAUUAUAAUUUCCCGAACUAUGGAGAAAAUCUGUCGUGUUUGCCUGGGAGGAUCGGAUAACUUGGUGAACAUCUUCGAUGGCAGGCGAAAGACCAGGGUUUCCAUUGCCGAGAUGAUUGCCCAGUGUACCGGCUUUGAAGUGAGACGAGGAGAUCUAUUGCUGGAGACCAUAUGUGCACCGUGUUUGGAGGACGCCAAGAAUGCAUUUUCCAUCAGACAGACCUGCGAGCGGAGCCACCAGUUCUUCUGCCAAGUCAGGGAUGAAGGUAUCGAGGAGGCGCUAUGCUCGUUUAUCGAAGAGGAGGAUUGGGAGUUAUCGGAGGAUGACAAUCCUUCGGAUACCGAAGAUGAUGACAAGGAGAAUGACAGCAAGAAAGUCUCCUACGAGUGUCGUCAGUGCUCGAAGAAGUACGGGAGCAAAGAAGCCUGGGUUCGCCACAUGAGAACCCACUUGGAUGGCGAACCCUCCAUUGCCUGUGAUCACUGCCCCAAGAAGUUUAGACGCAAGGAGCUGCUCAAGAGGCACAUGAACACGCACACGGGAGAACGACCAUAUGGGUGUUCCCAUUGCUCCAAGUCCUUUGCCCAGAGUGCCACUCUGCAGUCGCAUAUCCGAACGCACACUGGCGAACGCCCGUACAAGUGUCCCCAGUGCUCCAAGUGCUUUGUAAAGUCCUCUGAUCUCCGGCGACACAUUCGCACUCAUGAGGACGUACGUCCCCAUAAAUGUACGGAUUGCUCGAAAACUUUUUCUCGGAAGGCACAUCUCCAGGAUCACAUGCGCUGCCACACGGGCGAAAAGCCGUUUCUCUGUUCCCACUGCUCCAAGUCCUUCGCUCACAAUGUCGCACUUCAAGCCCACAUCCGCACUCAUACGGGCGAGCGACCCUACAAGUGUUCCCAGUGCUCGAAGUCCUUCAGGCACAGCACCACGCUCAAGGAUCACAUGCGAACCCACAGCAGGAAAAAGGAAUUCAAGUGCUCGGAGUGCAAGACGUGCUUUACCCAAAAGAAGGGACUCCGCAGACAUCUUCUUAGUCAUAAGAAUUCGGAUCAAUAACAUUUUGAUUUCAAUUUAAAAUCAUUUUAAGAACGUAUGUUUUAAGAAGUAUUUUUUGAAUUAGUUUUUUU